CAAAACUAAUCUCUUGUAGGUGACUUAAUUGAUGCUAUGCUACUCCAGUUUUAGUGGUAAAUUCACAUUUCUAUCCAGAGUAGGGUGACACUGACUUAACUUCAGUCUUAGUGUACUUAUUUUUAAGUACACUGUGAAAAAGAGGACAUGUCUCAGCAGGCUGACAAACCUCUUACUUAUCUGGGAGGAGUCACGGAGGAUGUUUACAUUUGUGGAACUUCAUACAAAUGCUUAAGAUUAGUUCAUAAGUGGAAAGGAUUCCAGCAGCGCUCGCCAUCCUGGAGGUGUAGACCUGCAAGAUGUACUGCUAUGAGAGACCUGUCAACUAUCUGAGCUGGGGGAUCAUCCUGAUAGGACUUGGCCACCUGGUCUAUCAUAAAAAGGCACAGACCUCCUAUGGACGCUACAUGACACACUCUACUCAAGCAAGGAUGGUACCUGCAAAACUAGCCUGGUUUUUCCAGGAGAUGCCAGCUUUCCUGAUCCCACUACUUUUGAUGCUGUCUUCACACAAAACAUCCAGUAUGGGGAAAUACCUGUUACUAACAACUUUUUGUUUGCAUUACUUUCAAAGGACAUUUAUCUAUUCAUUGCUGACCAGAGGACAGCCUUUCCCACUGGAUGUGAUGGUGGCAGCAUGUUUCUUCUGCCUGAUGAAUGGCUUCUUGCAGGGUCACUACCUGCUGCAUUGUGCCAACUUUGAUAAUGAAUGGUCAACUGCUUAUCAUUAUAAAAUCGGAUUACUGAUGUUUUAUGUUGGAAUGGCCAUCAACAUACACAGUGACUGUAUAUUACGCAACCUGAGGAAACCAAAAGAAGUAGUUUACAAAAUACCUACAGGAGGUCUGUUUGAAUAUGUGUCUGGUGCCAACUACUUAGGAGAGAUUGUGGAGUGGUUUGGCUAUGCUUUGGCAACCUGGUCCCUUGUGACACUCUCAUUUGCCGUGUUUAGUUUCUGCGUUAUUGGACCAAGAGCCUAUUAUCAUCACAGGUUUUAUCAGGAGAAAUUUAAGGGAUACCCUAAGUUUCGAAAGGCUUUGAUUCCAUUUGUCUUCUGAGAGAAAAAACACUUGUCUGUCAACUUGCUGAAGCAGAAUGAAUAAAACAUCUCCAGAAGACGAGUGCACAAAUUAGCAUUUGUUGUGGUUUUUUAACAAAUUGCAAUGCACAAGAAUCUGUUUAGAUCUUGAAUGUGGUUUUAAUACUGUGCAAAAUCCAUAAUAAUCACUACAUAUUUUAUCUUGAAAGGUUUUGUAAAGCAUUCAUU